AUGGCAACCCCAACUGGCGUUUCCAUAAAUGUCAAUGACCCCAGCUUGAUUUCGCUGGUCAACAAAUUGCAAGAUGUCUUCUCGACAGUCGGCGUGCACAACCCCAUCGAUUUGCCACAGAUUGUCGUUGUCGGGUCGCAGUCGAGUGGAAAGAGUUCGGUGUUGGAGAACAUCGUCGGCAGAGACUUUCUGCCCCGUGGUUCGGGAAUCGUGACUCGGAGACCCCUUAUUCUGCAACUGAUCAACAAGCCUGCGAGUGCGCAAACAAAUGGCGAGAAGAAGUUGGAAACGACGGACAGCGAAGCCAACGUCGACGAGUAUGGUGAAUUCCUGCAUAUGCCCGGCCAGAAGUUCCACGAUUUCAACAAGAUUCGGGAGGAGAUUGUACGCGAGACCGAAACCAAGGUUGGCCGCAAUGCGGGCAUCUCGCCUGCUCCGAUCAACCUGCGCAUCUACUCGCCCAACGUCCUGACCCUGACCCUGGUCGAUCUUCCCGGGUUGACCAAGGUGCCGGUCGGAGACCAGCCCAAAGACAUCGAGCGUCAGAUUCGGGAAAUGGUGCUGAAGUAUAUCAGCAAGCCCAACGCCAUCAUUCUCGCGGUGACGUCCGCCAACCAGGAUUUGGCCAACUCCGAUGGGUUGAAGCUUGCGCGUGAGGUGGACCCGGAAGGCCAGCGCACCAUCGGUGUGCUGAGUAAGGUCGAUCUGAUGGACGAGGGUACCGACGUGGUGGAUAUUCUUGCUGGACGGAUUAUUCCGUUGCGUCUGGGUUAUGUGCCGGUGGUCAACCGUGGCCAGCGCGACAUCGAGAACAAGCGACCAAUUGCUUACGCCCUGGAGAGCGAAAAGAACUUCUUCGAAAACCACAAGGCUUAUCGUAAUAAGGCUUCGUACUGUGGUACGCCAUACCUGGCACGCAAGCUGAACCUGAUCCUCAUGAUGCACAUCAAACAAACCCUGCCCGAUAUCAAGGCCCGAAUCUCCUCGUCCCUCCAAAAAUACAGCUCCGAACUGUCGCAACUCGGGGAUUCGAUGCUUGGCAACAGUGCCAACAUUAUUUUGAACAUCAUCACGGAGUUCAGCAAUGAGUACCGCCGAAUCUUGGAGGGCAACAACCAGGAACUGUCCAGCAUUGAGCUCUCGGGAGGUGCUCGUAUCAGCUUCGUUUUCCAUGAGCUCUACUCGAAUGGUGUCAAAGCUGUCGGUCCCUUCGACGUUGUCAAGGACGACGAUAUCCGGACUAUCCUUUACAACUCUUCUGGUCCGUCGCCUGCUCUGUUUGUUGGGACCACGGCCUUUGAGGUAAUUGUGAAGGGCCAAAUCAGGCGCCUGGAAGACCCUAGUUUGAAGUGUAUUUCGUUGGUCUACGACGAGCUGGUGCGCAUCCUGGGCCAGCUGCUAAACAAGCAGCUGUUCCGUCGGUACCCCAUGCUGAAAGAGAAGUUUCACACCGUGGUUAUUGCCUUCUUCAAGAAGUGCAUGGAGCCCACUAACAAGCUGGUUCACGAUCUGGUUUCCAUGGAGGCCACGUACGUGAACACCGGCCACCCAGAUUUCCUGAAUGGCCACCGGGCCAUGGCGAUUGUGAAUGAGCGCCAGCAAGCUGCCAAGCCCACGCAGGUCGACCCCAAGACGGGCAAGCCUCUGCCUGGGCGUGCCCCGAGUCCCUCUCUCGACACUACGGGCGAGGCUAACCCCGGCGGCGGCUUCUUCGGCAGCUUCUGGGCUUCGAAGAAUAAGAAGAAAAUGGCGGCCAUGGAUGCCCCGCCCCCUACGCUCAAGGCUUCGGCCAGCAUGUCUGAGCGGGAAGCCACCGAGGUGGAGGUUAUCAAGCUUCUCAUCACCUCCUACUUCAACAUCGUGAAGCGCACGAUGAUUGACAUGGUCCCGAAAGCGGUCAUGUACACCUUGGUCCAGUUCACCAAGGACGAGAUGCAGGGAUACCUGCUGGAGAACAUGUACCGCAACAACGAGCUGGACGAUCUGCUGAAGGAGAGCGACUACACCAUCCGCCGGCGGAAGGAGUGCCAGCAGAUGGUUGAGAGCCUGACGCGCGCGAGCGAGAUCGUCAGCCAAGUCCAGUGA